GUUCUCCAUGAACCCACGCCUCCGGGCAGGCUCUCCGCCCUCGCCCCGCCCCUUCCCCCGCCUGGACGGCCAUGGCCUUUCCCGGCAUCCCCUAUGAGCGACGGCUUCUCAUCAUGGCGGACCCUAGAGAUAAGGCGCUUCAGGACUACCGCAAGAAGCUACUGGAGCACAAGGAGAUCGACGGCCGUCUUAAGGAGUUAAGGGAACAAUUAAAAGAACUUACCAAGCAGUACGAAAAGUCUGAAAAUGAUCUGAAAGCCCUACAAAGUGUUGGGCAGAUUGUGGGUGAAGUGCUUAAGCAAUUAACUGAAGAAAAAUUCAUUGUGAAAGCUACAAAUGGACCAAGAUAUGUUGUGGGUUGUCGUAGACAGCUUGACAAAAGUAAGCUAAAGCCAGGAACAAGAGUUGCUUUGGACAUGACUACGCUAACUAUCAUGAGAUAUUUGCCAAGAGAGGUGGAUCCACUGGUUUACAACAUGUCUCAUGAGGACCCUGGGAAUGUUUCUUAUUCUGAGAUUGGAGGACUAUCAGAACAGAUUCGGGAAUUAAGAGAGGUAAUAGAAUUACCUCUUACAAAUCCAGAAUUAUUCCAGCGUGUAGGAAUAAUACCUCCAAAAGGCUGUUUGUUAUAUGGACCACCAGGUACAGGAAAAACACUCUUGGCACGAGCUGUUGCUAGCCAGCUGGACUGUAAUUUCUUAAAGGUUGUAUCUAGUUCUAUUGUAGACAAGUACAUUGGUGAAAGUGCUCGUUUGAUCAGAGAAAUGUUUAAUUAUGCCAGGGACCAUCAACCGUGCAUCAUUUUUAUGGAUGAAAUAGAUGCUAUUGGUGGUCGUCGGUUUUCUGAGGGUACUUCAGCUGACAGAGAGAUUCAGAGAACUUUAAUGGAGUUACUGAAUCAAAUGGAUGGAUUUGAUACUCUACAUAGAGUUAAAAUGAUCAUGGCUACAAACAGACCAGAUACACUGGAUCCUGCUUUGCUGCGUCCAGGAAGAUUAGAUAGAAAAAUACAUAUUGAUUUGCCAAAUGAACAAGCAAGAUUAGACAUAUUGAAAAUCCAUGCAGGUCCCAUUACAAAACAUGGUGAAAUAGAUUAUGAAGCGAUUGUGAAGCUUUCUGAUGGCUUUAAUGGAGCAGACCUAAGAAAUGUUUGUACUGAAGCAGGUAUGUUUGCGAUUCGUGCUGAUCAUGAUUUUGUAGUACAGGAAGACUUCAUGAAAGCAGUCAGAAAAGUGGCUGAUUCUAAGAAACUAGAGUCUAAAUUGGACUACAAACCUGUGUAAUUUACUGUAAGGUUUUUGAUGGCUGCAUGACAGACAUUGAUUGGCUUACUGUAAAAAUAAAGUUAAAGAAAAUAAUGUAUGUAUUGGCAUUGAUCUCAUUAAAAGUGUAUGAAUAAAAAUAUGUAUGAGUAACAUAAAAAUUAGUAAUUCAGUAAUUCAACUCUUAAGAUUGGUACAGAAGAAAUUUGUAUAUUUGUUAAUGUUGCAUUUAUUGCAGCAGAAGUUACAAAAGAAGAGUGUGUUGAAGCUUUUCGUAUUUGCUGUGUGAGCAUUUUGUAAAACAUUGAAAAUGGUUUGAGAUGGUAGUAUAAGAAAUCAUUUCUUAUGACUUAUUUUAUAUCAUUUGUUUUCCUCAUCCUAAAAAGUUGAAUAAAAUCUGUUUGAUUCAGUUCUCCUACAUA